AUGAUGAAGAAGGUUUCUUUUAAUUGGAAGUCCUGGUGGUGGUCUCCAAGCAAGCACAAUUACUUGGUCCUGAAAUUGGGAGUUUCGGCUCUUUUGUUGGGUCUAGUUUUUAGGUAUUAUUUACCUCGAUCCGAUGAAUUUUCCGAGGUUUCAGACUUCCAUUUUCAGGAUACUGUCAGUUUAGCUAAUGCACCUUCUGAUUCUCCUCCUGUGUAUAUCAGUUCACUGGUAAAUGAUGGUGAUCCGAUCCCUUCAAAUGGAACCCGAACUUCAGCUGUUGCUCCAGAAUCGAGCAUUUCCACAGAAGAGUCUGCAGCUAAGAAUGGUGAUAUUGCUCCAGAAUCGAGUAGUUCCAGAGAGGAUUCUGAUGCUAGAUAUGGUGAAGGAAAAGCAAAAAAUGAAGGAAAGUGCAAUCUUUUCAAUGGAGAUUGGGUUCCUCAUCCUGCAGGUCCUGUUUAUACUAAUGAGACUUGUGAACGGAUUGAAGACCAUCAAAAUUGUAUGAAAAAUGGACGCCCAGAUAUCGGGAAUAAAGCUUUGGCAUUGAUCGGUGAUUCCAUAUCGCGCAACCAUGUUCAGUCAAUCAUUUGCAUUCUUCCUAAGAGAAAUAACAGAUUCCAUGUUGCAUAUGACCCGGACUCUCCACUUUUGAGCUAUAGUACACAUGUCAAAGUAUGGGUAUUGCCAAAUCGGGAUCUAUCAUUUAGUGGUGAUGGUUGUCCUAAAUUCCUGAAUGAUGUAAUGGUUAAGGACUUAGCGAAACAUUUACGCUGUGUUGGCACAGAUGCUGUUGUUUUUUAUUCGAAGAAGCCCCAAGCCAGAGACUUGAUUGGCCAAACUCAAAAGGAAAAGAGAAUACUACUAACAAGGGAUGCCAAGCUCUUAAGAUAUAACUAUCUGAUUGGAAAUCAAAUAUACAUGAUAAAAAAUCUUCUGAAAAAUGACCAGCUGUGUCAGGUGAAUUAAUGACAUU